ACAAGCCGAAUCGUUUGGUGGGAGGACUGCCGCUGCAGAGAUAAGGACGCGCCGUAAUCUUUGAGCGCGACGAAUCGGAUAUUGCGUCGUCCCGUGUUGUGUACACAGUGUUGUUGUAUACACCGCUGCCCGCCGCCCGAACUUCGUGCGCCAGCGACCUUCUUAGCCAGCGCUUUGGGCCGGGUGAUAGUCAAUAAUAUAAUAUUUCGAUAAUAAUAAGCGGUCAACCGACGGCCGAAACCUUUCGCGCGCGCCGUUAAUCGCCCGCAGGCCACACAUUAGUAUUACGCUGCCUAUUAUGUACUGUUUUCUGUCCGUUUCGCCGUAGUUGUCAGUUUUCCACGACGACGCGUCCCCGACUCGUAAGCCGCUCGCACCGAACCCGAACGGGGUAGGGCGACCAUCGAUUAUUCGCGAUAAUAAUAUUAAAUAGGACUCGAACGUUUCGACGGCGUCAGCUGCGCGGAAUUGCUGCUCUCUAAAAUAUAACAUGAUGAAGUUUGGAAGCAAAAACUCCGCCAAUACACCAAUCAAGUGUACGGUCCGUCUGUUGGACGACAAUCAGUUGUUGGACAGCGAAUUUCAGAUAAAUGAAAAGGGGAGUAGUUUGAUAAGUCGUAUUUGUGAACAAUUGGAUUUAAUUGAAAAAGAUUAUUUUGGUCUACGUUAUGUUGAUAGCAAACGUCAAAGGCAUUGGCUAGAACCGUCUAAAUCGAUUUUCAAACAAAUCCGGGAUAUGGAAGCAGACAAUAUAUUAUUUAGCUUCCGCGUUAAAUUUUAUCCACCAAAUCCAUUUCGGUUAAAAGAAGAUAUUACUCGUUACCAAAUUUAUCUUCAGUUAAAAAGGGAUUUAUUACAUGGUCGGCUUUACUGUAACACAUCUGAAGCUGCUCUGCUAGGAGCUUAUAUACUACAAGCUGAACUUGGAGAUUUCAAUCCAGAAGAACAUAUUGAUAAUUAUGUGAAUGAAUUAAAAAUACUAUUGAAACAAACAUUACAAUUAGAGGAAAAAAUGAUGGAUAUUCAUAAAAAUGAAUUGAAAGGCAAAACUGCCGCAGAGAUGGAAACAAUUUUUUUGAAAAAAGCCUGUAUCUUGGAUACAUAUGGAGUUGAUCCUCAUGCUGUUAAGGAUCAAAGAGGUAAUCAACUUUAUUUGGGAAUUAAUCAUACUGGCAUCCUUACAUUCCAAGGUAGUAAGAAAAUGAACCAUUUCAGCUGGUCACAAGUUCAAAAAAUUAACUUUGAGGGUAAAAUGUUCAUCAUUCAUAUCAUUCUUAAUGAGGAUCAGAGAAUCAAGAAAAAGCAAACAAUUGGUUUUAAAUGCCCUAGAGGUUCUUCAUGUCGUCAUGUAUGGAAAUGUGCUGUAGAACAAAUGUUGUUUUUCACAUUUCCUUCAAGCUCUGAUGUUCCUAAUGUAGUUUCUGGUGGAGGCUUUUUUUCAUGGGGAACCAAAUUUAAGUAUAGUGGACGUGUUGAACGGGAAAUAUUAGAAGAUAUGACAAUCACCAGAGAAUCUCCAUCUGUAACACGUGUUGGUAGCCUUAGAAGAAAAUCAUCAAGUGAACCUCCUACGCCUUCUAAUCUUGUUACUAAUCAAGUUGGAUUUAAUAGCCUUCCUCGUUCAUUAACAAACACUAGUGAAGAAUAUAAUACUUCAGUAGAUUCAUCCAAUCAAAUUGAUAAUUCUUCAGUUUUAGAGACUUUAUUAGAAGACCAAGAGAUCAUAACAUCUAAAAUUGAACAAGAGGUCCAUCAUGAAGAAAUCUUGAAUGAUCAUUUACUGAUUGACUUUACUACAAUGGUAACAGACGGUACACCAUUAAUCCAAUCUGUUUCGAAUCAGCAGUCUGGUCAAAAACAUUUAGAAACUACAGCAAUUCGGAACAGUGGAUCAAGCUUGUCAUUCUUGCGACAGACUUUGCUACCAGUUAUAUUUGCAUUGUUUAUGAUGGUUUUGAUUGUAGUUAUUAUUCUAGAAUCUGAUUUUGAUGUCAUUGCUACUAUCAGAAAAGCUCCAGAAAUUGCUGCUUUCAAAAAAAAUUAUUAUGAACCUAGUAAAGACUUUUUAUUGCGGCGUUUUAUCAGGUCAAAGAUAUUUUAGUAUUUUAAUACUACUUGUUCAAUCACUUUUUUUAGUAGCUUCACACUCUAAAGUUAGAUACAUGGAAAUUGAUUUAAGUUCAAGGUGAUGGAGUUUAUUAUGUACCUAUUUGACAUUAUAAUUUAAUGUUAAAUGUCUAUUGCCGGGUUGCAUAAACAGUCAUUAAACAUUUAAUAAACAGUAAGCUGUUGGUCCUUCAAAAAUAAUUUAGUUGGCCCUUGAUUGAUUCAUUUAAUUUUGGGGAACCAUUAAAUUAAUCCAAUUUUUAUGCAACUUCUCAUAUGUGUGCUCAACAUUUUAAUGACAUAAUUUUCAAGAAUUUGAUCAAAUUAUAGGGUUUACGGUUUUUUUUUUACAAAAUAAUUCACUUAGAUUUAUGCAUUUAUCUAAUUUUCCCAAUGAAGUUUGUGAUUUUAUAAUGAUUUUGAGCUUUUACAAUUUUAAUCAUCUUAACAUUUUAUGUUUUGAUAUUAAUUUAAGCGUUAAUGUGUUAUACCAAUUUAUAAGAGUUUCUGUGCUAAAGGAAUGACUGACAUUAACAUAUACCAAUAUAUACGAAUUUUUUGUAAAUAAUACAUUUUGGUGUUAGUACUAUAUAAAAUAUUGGUGCUUAAAUCUUUAACAAGUCAGUAAUAUAUACUGUAUAUCCAGACUAAGGGGUACCACUACAUAUAUCAGUUGAAUGCCACAAACUUGAAUCCAGAUCAAAAUAGGGCUUUCAAGAGGUUAAAAUGUGUACUGAGGUGCAAAAAUUGAGAAAAUAUUUUCAAACCUUUCAAUUAGAUAACCUACAAAUAACUUUUUUUCGAUAACAAAAAUUGCGAAAACUAAUGCAAUUCAAACAUUUUUGUUUGUUUUUUUUUUGUUAUAGGUAACAGAUAUAAAAUAUACUAUUUAAAAAUGAAAGUAUACUGUAUUAUCUGUGUAGAAUCAGUGGUCGAAAUGGCUCAAGAUAAGUGGAGGGAUGCCUUACAAUUCAGAUUUAGGCCUAUAUGAAAAAUAAAAAGUUUUCUUACAUAGGUAUAAAUAUAAAAAUCAUAAUAAUUAUUUCAUUUUAAAACACAAGUCUUAGGAGGAAUGCGUUAUUCUAUACAAAAUAAGUAGAGGGAUGAAAAAUCUUCUUCCCACUUCGACCACUGUAUAGAAUAUCAUGAAUGUCUCGUGUAUUAAAUAAACGUGGUUAAAAUAUCACUAAAAACACUGAUCACUUGGUUAAUUUAAACUUACUCUAACUUUGUCAAUGUUGUAAUAUGAAAAAAAACCUUUUAAUACAAAAAUUGUUGUAUUUUUAAAAUAGCAAGUUGUAUUGUAAAUGUGCGAGGUCUUUCAGCUGAAAUAUUUAGUGGUGGUAUCUUUUAGCUUGAACAUACUGUAUAGUGUAUAGUCUGUGACAGAAUUUACUUAACGCCAUAAAAUGUUUCGACAUUGAACAAACGCAUUUUUCAUAUAAUUUUGGAAAUGUAUAAACAUAAAUAAAAUAA